AAACCCCUCCGUCUCAUCUUUUCCUUUCUGCAACUCCUGCAAGGCUUUGAAUGGAAGAGAGAAGAAAUCUCAAUCCGCGGAGCUGCAGAGAGCUCUAUUGAAGCUCCUUCAAUGGCAUCCCUCUCUUUUAUACACCCUCUUCAAAUACCCAGGCGGCAGUCAAAUUGCUCGAUUUUUGUCUCAUCAGACCUUAUGCAAUUUCGGGAUUUAAGAUUGCCAAAGAAGUGGGGUAUAAGAGCAGUCUCCAAGAAAAGUGCUGCUCAAUCCGGAGUGGAAGAUUCAUCAAAUGACAACGGUGCUGCUGUGGAGAAAGCACCCAAGAGUGCAAAACGAGCUACUAAGCGUAGUAAGAAGGUGGUUUCAGGAACUCCGGUGGAGAAUGAUGUACCGGAGGUGGUUAAUGGGGUCACACAAGAGGAAAGUGGAAUAGUAGUGGCAUCGGGUGAAGAUUCUAAGAAGGUUCCAAGAAGAAGCCAAAAGAAAGCUACUUCUUCGCUUGACGUGGAUGGAGAGGGCACUCCCAAGAAGGUCACUCGGAGGAGGAGGACCAGAAAGAUGGUCGACGGUUUUGGGGACCAAAGCGGUAGUGAGGAACUCAGUGGUCACGAAGAGCCAAAUAUCAUUAAGAACAUCGAAGAUGAAAAGAAAGAUCUACAAUUCGAACAAGGUGGAGAGGAUGAUAUUAGCUUCACCUAUGGUUGGCCACCUCUAGUGUGCUGCUUUGGAGCAGCCCAACAUUCUUUCAUACCUUCCGGACGGCCUGCCAACAGGCUGAUCAACCACGACAUCCAUGAAACAAAGAAAGAUAUGUUGUGGUCCCCGCCUAAGUUUGUGAGGGCACCUGGGGGGUCAUCCUCAAGCGUUGCUCUCGCUCUUGCGAGUUUGGGUGGUCGGGUCACGUUGAUGGGGAAACUAGGGGAUGAUGAGUACGGCCAAGCAUUACUCUAUCAUUUGAAUGUGAAUAAUGUCCAGACUCGAUCAGUCAAAGUCGAUGGCUCGAGAUUUACAGCACUAUCUUACAUGAAAAUUACGAGAAGGGGUGGCUUCAAAUUAACUUGUGUCAAACCUAGUGCAGAGGAUUGUUUGUUGAGUUCUGAGAUCAACAUCGAUGUGUUGAAGGAGGCGAAGAUGUUCUACUUCAAUUCGUCAUCGCUGCUCGAUGAAAACAUGAGAUCCACGACGAUGCAGGCCAUCGAGAUUUCCAAGAAAUUUGGUGGGGUGAUAUUCUUCGACUUAAACCUUCCAUUCCCGCUGUGGCAUUCUAAUGAAGAAACUAAGGCAUUUAUCGACCACGCAUGGAAUUCUGCCGAUAUUAUUGAGGUUACAAAGCAAGAACUGGAGUUCCUAUGUGGCAUCAAACCCUCCGAAACGUUCGAUACCAAAGACAACGACAGGUCAAAGUUCGUCCAUUACAAACCGGAUGUGAUCAAACCGUUGUGGCAUGAAAAUCUCAAGGUCUUGUUUGUGACCAACGGGACUUCUAAACUACACUACUACACGGACAAGGUCAAUGGCGCGGUACUUGGAAUGGAGGAUGCACCCAUUACUCCUUUCACGUGUGACAUGUCAGCAUCAGGAGAUGCUAUUGUUGCAGCUAUCAUGAGGAUGUUAACAGUCCAGCCGCAUCUGGCCACUGAUGAAGGGUACCUAAAACACAUGAUCAAGUAUGCCAUCAGCUGCGGAGUUACAGACCAAUGGCUAGUGGGCCGCACCCUUGGUUUUCCUCCCAAAGGAGAAACGGAAGGCAUGGCUACAGAGGCAAAUGGUGUAAGAUCAAUUACAGAGAAGGAAUUUCGCACAUUGUCAGCUGUAAGUUAAUCUCGAUGUUUUGCUCCAUUCCUGUAGUUUACCGCUUUUUUGUAUGCAUUUCUCAGGCUAGAAUUUCUCCCUCUUCAAGGAAAAGAAAAUGAGCUUUUUU